GUUUACGGCAGUCUUUGACAGGCAGGCGCGGGUUUUUGUAAACAGCUAACUGUACAACUGUCGAUGUCACGUCCUAGAACAUUUUUAAUUCGCAAUUUUUAAGGAGUUUUUAUUACUCUUCUCUUUCGUCAUUAUCUUCUUUGUGAGAAGUGAAAUUAUUCAACAGGUGACUACUUCUUUUUUCAUCUUUUAGUAGAAGUUUUGAGGAGCGGUUACCAUGACUUCAGCUAGUCCGGUCAGCUAACAUGUUACCCUCAGCAGCAGUGAAGCUAUUAGUUGGAGGACCGGUUGCUUCGUGUGAGGUCGGCCAGGCAUGCUAGUACUGCAUCUGCUCGGGAGAUCUUUGCUUCGAUCGGGAUUACAGCGGCCAGGGGUCCAGCGGAGGUGUUUCUGUGCGGCGCAGAGCGGCAGGUGUCCGGACACACCGCAGGAGACAGAGAUGAUCAGGAGCCGGGGUCAGAUCAAGAAGGUCCUCUGUGUGGCGGAGAAGAACGAUGCAGCUAAAGGCAUCUCCGAGAUCAUGUCCGGCGGCAGAGCAAGGAGGAGGGAAGGAAUGUCAAAGUUUAAUAAAAUCUAUGAAUAUGAAUAUCAUCUCUUCGGUCAGAAUGUGACGGUUACCAUGACAUCAGUAUCAGGUCAUUUACUGGGCCUGGAGUUCAAAGCACCGUUCCAGAAAUGGCACAGCUGCAAUCCUGUGCUGCUGUUUGAUGCAGAAGUAGAGAAGUAUUGUCCCGACAACAUGACGCAAAUCAAGCGAACGCUAGAGAAGGAGGUGAGGCAGUGCCAGGCCUUGGUCGUGUGGACAGAUUGUGACAGGGAGGGAGAAAACAUCGGGUUUGAAAUCAUAGAUGUUUGCAAAGCAGUGAAGCCAAAUUUACAAGUCUUUCGGGCCAAGUUCUCAGAGAUCACACCCAACUCAAUUCGGAGAGCUUGUGAAACCCUAAUGGAGCCAGAUGCUAAUAUUAGCGACGCUGUUGAUGUCCGCCAGGAGCUGGACCUGCGGAUAGGUGCAUCCUUUACCCGAUUCCAGACGCUUCGCCUGCAAAAGAUCUUUCCGGAAUCCCUGGCCAAUCAGUUAAUCUCGUACGGCAGCUGUCAGUUUCCCACUUUGGGCUUCGUAGUGGAACGUUUCAAAGCCAUCCAGGCCUUCAUACCUGAGACCUUCUACAAGAUCAAAGUGCUGCAUGAGGUGGAGGAGGACACUGUGGAGUUCAGCUGGAAAAGAAACCGUCUCUUCAGUCACACGGCUUGUCUGGUGCUCUAUCAGAUCUGCAUGGAGGAUCCCAUAGCAACCGUCACCUCAGUAACCAGCAAACCCAAGAGCAAAUGGAGACCGCUGCCUUUGGACACUGUGGAACUGGAGAAACUGGCGUCUCGGAAACUAAAAAUCAGUGCCAAAGAGACCAUGAAGAUUGCAGAAAAACUCUAUACCCAAGGGUUUAUCAGCUAUCCCCGCACAGAGACCAACAUCUUUCCUGCAAACCUGUCUCUCGGCCCCCUGGUGGAGCAGCAGACACAAAGUCCAGCAUGGGGGACGUUCGCCCAGCGGGUGCUCGACCAGCCGGGGGGUCCCAACCCACGGCAGGGCAAGAACUCCGACCAAGCCCACCCCCCCAUACACCCCACCAAGUACACCGGCACGCUACAGGGCAAUGAAGGACGCGUGUACGAGUUCAUUGUCCGGCACUUCUUAGCAUGCGUAUCCCAGGAUGCUUUGGGACAGGAGACUGUGGUGGACAUAGACAUCGCCCAGGAGAAGUUCUCCACCUCUGGACUCAUGAUCAUUGCAAGGAACUACCUGGAUGUUUACCCGUAUGACAAGUGGAACACCAAGUUGAUCCCAGUGUAUGAACAAGAUUCCCAGUUCCAGCCGUCCGCUAUUGAGAUGGUGGACGGACAGACGAGUCCUCCUCAGCUGCUCACUGAAGCCGACCUCAUAUCGCUGAUGGAGAAGCAUGGCAUUGGCACAGAUGCAACCCAUGCGGAGCACAUUGAGACUAUAAAGAGCCGCAUGUAUGUGGGCUUGACAGCUGACCAGAGGUUCCUCCCUGGAGAACUUGGCAUGGGACUGGUGGAGGGUUACAAUUCCAUGGGCUAUGAGAUGUCAAAACCAAACCUUCGUGCUGAAUUGGAGGCCGACCUUAAGCUGGUGUCAGAGGGCAGGAAAGACAAACGGAACGUGCUGCAGCACCACAUCCAGAAGUACAAGACCGUCUUCAUUGAGUCUGUCAGGAAGGCAAAGAAGUUGGAUGAAGCUCUGUCACCGUAUUUGGGUGCAGCUCAGGAGAUCGCUGAGGAGCAGGAACACGACAUUGAGCUCCCGCUGCCGGUGAGAAAGUGCCCCAGCUGUGGUCGGGACAUGGUGCUGAAAAGGAAGAGGGAAGGGAACAGUAAAUACUUGUCAUGUGUGGGCUAUCCAGCCUGUAAGACGGCAGUGUGGUUUCCUGACAUGGUGCUGGAGGUCAGCAGAGAUGACAGCGUUUGUCCCACCUGUCUGCCGCAUCCCAUACACAUGUUGAAAUUUAAGUUCCGCAGAGGCACCCUCCCACCCAUGAUGCCACUGGAAUUUGUUGGCUGCAUCGGUGGAUGCGAUGAGACGCUCAGAGAGGUGCUCGACCUGAAAUACCACAGAGCAGGUGGAGGAGGUGGUGGUGGAGCAGUGGGUAGAGGUGGAGGAGGGGAAGGAAGAGGAGGUGACCCUCGUCCACCCCCUCCGAGGCCCCCAAGACAAGAACCACCCAGAGCCCCAAGUUCCAAUCCUCACCCGGUCCAGUCCUGGACCCCACAGCUGAGACCUCCAACAGGCGGCAUGAGUGCAGACCCCAGCAGUGAUGUGAUUGUGUGUAACUGUGGUCAGGAAGCUCUCCUCCUGACGGUGCGCAAAGACGGCCCCAACCAGGGUCGACAGUUCUACAAGUGCAACGCUGGAAGCUGCAACUUUUUUCUGUGGGCGGAUCAACCGGAGCAGCAGGGGGCACCACAGAGCCGAGGACCUCCCUCCCAGCCUCCCAGGCCAUCUCUGGGGUUCAGAAACACUACUGUUGGAGGCAGAGGGCAGGAAGUGGGUGCACUCGCAGGACAGGUGAUGUGCAACUGCAAUGACAUAGCUGUGACACGUACGGUGCAGAAGGACGGUCCAAACAAGGGACGAGUGUUCCACACAUGUGGGAAACCAAGAGAGCAGCAGUGUGGCUUCUUCCAGUGGGCCGAUGAGAACGUACCUCCACCAGGGGGUUUCGGUGGCGGAUUUAACGGGAAUGGAGGAGGAGAGAGGAGGGGGAGGAAGAUAAUGGGAGAUGGCAUCGCUAACAAACCGCCCGCUGCUAAGAAACCUCGCACCUGCGGCAUCUGCCACAUGCAAGGACACACCCGAGUCACCUGUCCACAGCGGUGACCCAUGCUCUGAAAUUAAAUAUGCACCGAUUGUAUGUUCCUCCUCACAGGGAGAGGACGUUUUCUACUCCUGGGAUAAAAAAAAUGAACCCAGAUCCUGUGGCUGUCCUGUGAGCUGACAUUUUAACAGCUUUUCAUGCAGCUGUAGUGUGCUUGUUCACUAUGAAAGGAUCAUUUUGGUCCCUCCAAACAAUGACGUUUUAGUGUAAAAUUAACCUUUUCUCCAUCUACCUGCACCACCAUAUCUAAUCUGUACAAAAACCGAAGUAUUUAAAAGAACACUAGACCUCUAAAGGCACCCGGGGAGAAUCCAUGCCAGAGUUUAGAAGUUUAUGCUGGACUGUUUCACCAAACAUAUUCCCUACUUCCUCCAUUCAAAGUUUCAUUUUCCUGCUUAGUACAGCACAAAAAAAAAAAAGACGCGCGUUUCGCUGCUGGAGGAGAAAUCACCGAGCAACGAGCAGAGAUGCGGCAGCACAGCACACCGAGGUGUCGAACUACUUUUAAUGCUUGUAGGUGUUUGUAACCACAGUAACCCGAAAGUGCUCAACAGUUAAUUGGAAAUUUGCUCGACUGGCCUUGGAUCAAAUUAUUCUCUCGUCAGUUGUGUUUCUGCGUAUUCACAGUCCUGACAGCCCGACUGAGAUCAUCUGGAGGAGGAGGAGGAUUCUGUGCUGUAAUUUGCACACAGCUUAUAAGUAAUUAAUAGUGUAAUAAAUAGUUUCUAUGACAUAUUGGCUUCUGUCUUUGGUCAUUUUUACCACCGGUCAGUGACUUAAACAGCAGAUAGGUGUCUUACAAUGUUGUAAAGGUGGAGGUGGGUGGAAGAAACAACAAUAUACGCUUUUACACUGAAAAUAUAACGAGUGCAAAAAGAAACUAGUUGGCUGUUCUGUUGGGGGUCUGAAGAAUUGUCCAGAUUUUUAUGUUCAUACUGACAAAUGCUAAUAAAGCGGAAUAUACUUUAACCUUCUGCGGUUAUGUAGAGGUUUUAAAUUCUUUCAUGCAUGAGUCACAGCAGAGUGAUGCAGUUUCUAACGUUUUAGUCGUCUCAUUCAAGACAUAAUAUUGUAUAAUUGGAUAUUUUUCAACUUCUAUCAUUUUGAGUGAGAUUUGCAACUGCCACGCUAUAGUGACACCACUGAUCAGAGGUUUAAAAUGCACUUUAAAGCAAAAUAUUAUCUAUGAACAGGGUAAAAUUGUAACUUGUAUCAACGUGAAACUCAUUCAACUGAUUACUUGCCUUAGGACGGUUAUUCUUUUGUUUGCUGAAAUGUUUUUGUCUCAGAUAACAUUAAAUAAAAUCAGAUUCACA